GUCAAGGCCUCUCAGUAUCGCUGUAUGACAUCGGAAGUGCGAAGCGAACCGUCUGUUUACGCCACAAGCCGAGUCACUACAGAGAUGGUGGGUCCGUCUCAUUAGAUGGAGGGAGACCCUCUGUACGGGGGUUUGGUCGCCGGGUAUCGGCGUGGCACCUCCCACGUUAAUGUCGUCAGAGAGCGGUUCCACACGAGGUAGUCACCAGCCCAAUGCUCAAUCACAGUUGUUUGCUGGGUCUAGUUGUUCCCCGCCAGGCUACAAGGAUUCAUGGAUUUUCGACAUGGCCAACCCAGGAAAACAUAGCAUCUUGGAAAUAAGAAAGGAAAAGUCCCGAGAUGCAGCACGUUCAAGGCGUGGCAAGGAGAACUAUGAGUUCUAUGAGCUUGCUAAGCUGUUGCCCCUCCCGGCGGCCAUCACCAGUCAGCUAGACAAGGCUUCCAUCAUACGCCUCUCGAUUAGCUACCUCAAGCUAAGAGACUUUGGCAGCCACGGUGACCCACCGUGGCACAGAGAUGGGCCACCCCCAAACAAAUCCAUCAAAGAUGGCUCCACCCGUCGAAGAAGUUUGUCUGCAAUUGCAAUGGAUAUCUUUGAGACGCAUCAGGGAACUCAUAUAUUACAGUCUAUAGAUGGUUUUGUCUUUGCUCUGGCAAAUGAUGGCCGCUUCCUGUACAUAUCAGAAACUGUGUCAAUAUACCUUGGUCUUUCUCAGGUUGAGAUGGCUGGCAGCAGCAUAUUUGACUAUGUUCAUCACCAGGAUCACAUGGAGCUCGCAGACCAGCUUGGCCUUUGUCUUCCUCAGAACUCUACAUCAGUGAAUGUCCCAUCCCCUGGAUCCCUGUCUGAUGAAGGGUCCUCUCUACCCAGUGGUUCCCGGUCCAUCAGUCCAUCUUUACAAGAUGGGGGUUACAUCAUGAACCCCAACUUGAACAGAAGCUCUGGAAGAUCGUUCUCACUGCGCAUGAAGUCGACUCUCACAAAACGAGGGGUACAUGUUAAGUGUGCUGGAUACAGGGUUGUUCAUGUCCUAGGACAACACCGAAGCCAGUUCUCGUAUAACAUGAACCGUAAACACACCACGCCGGUACUCGGAAUGGUCUGCAUUGGAGUCGCCCUGCCACCCCCAACAAUCACCGAACUCCGUAUCGACAAUGAUACAUUUGUUAUGAGGCUGAGUCCACAGUUCAAGGUCGUCUACUGUGAACCGAUGAUAUCUCAGCUGUUGGAUCUGUCAGCAGAGGAUCUCACCAACAAUCUCCUGUAUGACUUCUGUCACGCAGCAGACCUGCCCAGACUGAGGAAGUGUCAUGUUGACUUGCUAGCAAAGGGUCAGGUGUUGUCCGACUAUUUCCGCUUAAUGAACCGACAGGGAGGCUACACGUGGAUACAGACGUGUGCCACAACGCUGUAUAAUUCCAAGAGUAUUGACGACCAAAGCAUAAUAGCUAUCAAUUAUGUACUGAGUGGGGUCGAGGGAGACCGAUGCAUUAUGGACAGUUGGCAACUAUCCUGUGUGAAAAAUGCAAACCCAGAUCAGUCAUCUGAUCACAGCGAUCCAGGUGAUCUCGGGGCAGAACAAGGUGAGGCAAGUCCUAAGGGAAAGGAAAGUGAACACACAGAAUCAGAUGAGAAAACUGGUGACCAGUCUAACACGGAUGAGAGACUCAAGUCACCACCCACACAGAGCAACUCUGAUUUGCUGGAUCAUAACGACAAUUCCUUAGACAUGAAGCAUGGUAUUGAUCAUGUGUUUUCAGGUGACAGUGCUGCAUCCUUAAACAGUAGGGAUCUUAAAUACAGCAGAAGGAAAAUGGAGAAGCCCCGUAAACGGAAACAAGAGUUUGACAUUGAAGAAACAUUCCUGGACAAAGAGUCCAUACCAUCACAGACAUAUUGUGAUAAUUCAUUCAGUGAUCUUGUCGGCAGAAACAUUGAACAAAGCAUGCAGUGUGUGUCCCACAGUCCGGAACUGAUGUGCCCACCAAUGACGUCCCCAAUCCCACAGGAUCUCUCUCUGAAAUCCACAACAUCAGAAUCUCUAGGUGAAGGUCAUUCAGACUGGAGGAGGACGAGUAGUUCUGAUCAUCAGUCCAUGACUGGUGUGAUUGCCUCGAGCUCUGUGAAGGAGCUUGAGGCAGUGAUGAACCGUCACCUUCCCGUCAUCAGUUGUAACCACUACAACACUGAUUUGUCUCACAAGUCUGCCAGGCCAGUGGGAGGUCAGGCCCAGAAGAAGUCGACCAUUCAGUGGAUUGGAUCCCAGCCAGCCACAACGGAGACUCUGCCUGCGACCAACUUGCUUCGCAGUAUCUAUGCGAAUCGUGAGAGUGUGAUCCGCACCAACACUCGGCCUGGCUAUUACACCGAGAUGCCGGUGAACAUGCUCACACCACCAGGAAGUGAAUCUUACAAGGAUCAGUCUCAUUCCUUCAGUAUCUCCAGCACACCUGUAACGCACAAGUCAAAUGGUUCGUAUAACGUGACCAGUAACUACAGCUCUAGCCCUGUCUCCCUCUCCAUGACAACUCCCAUUGAUUCGUAUGGUAUUACACCUCCAUCGUCUGUGUCACCAAGGGAAAAGUUGCAGUCACCAUUUGCAGAGACCCAGAGUUAUGCAGAAACUAGUGUGGUGUCUUGUGCCAACAUUUCCUCUGAUCCACUUUCCAGCAGGCAGGUCAUGAAGCAGGCAACUCCGCACACAUAUCAGCUGGUAGCGGCAGCCACGUCACAGGACUACUGUGGUGCUAAGUAUGGUGCACCUUCAUUUUCAAGUAACACGGUCUACUGUGACAGCACUGCUAAUUCCUACGAACCAUGCUCACGAUCAGUGCUUCCAUGGUACCCUGUUUCAUACACUUCAUAAUGAACAUGUAGCAUAGAUUCACGUAUCUCAUAAUAAACAUAAUGUGGCAUAGUUUCAUAUAUAUAUAUCAUAAUAAAUGUGACAUAAUUUCAUAUAUAUCAUAAUAAAUAUAUAUAUAUAUUUCAUAAUGAACAUAUUAAGCAUUGUUUCAUACACAUCAUGAACAUUUGGCAUAGUUUUAUCCACAUCAUCAAAAGUAUGUCAAGUACAUGAUUUUGUUUUAAUGUAUAUCCAAACAUUGCUGUAUUACUGUAAGUAAAAUCAUUUAAAUCUUUGCUAUAUUUUUAAAAUACAGUUGAAUCUCAUUGUCUCACCUUUGGUCUGUGUGCAUUACUCAAAUAACCUUGAAAGUGUCAAUGAUUUUUUUUGUUUAUAUCAUCCCAACAAUGGACCAAGGACUGGAAAAUCUAAAGGCCAUGGUAUGUGCUGUUCUGUCUGUGGGAAAUGUAAUAGAUCCCUUGCUGCUCUUUAGUAGGAGUAGCUUAUAUGUUGGCAGCAGGUUAAUUGUGUGUCUAGAUCAAGUUUAAAGAUAACCAUAUUCUCAAACCUAGUCUUAGCUUAAAAAAUACCAAGGUGUCUUCAAGCUAAUAAUAUAUUUUCCCCAAGUUCUUAUAUGAUGUGUAUGACUGAUUCUAUUACCAGUUGGUUACUAACAGUGAACCAGUGAAAUUUAGUUGGAUGUUUGGCUUGGAAGGAGGGAAAGAAAUAUUUUAUUUUAAGAUGCACUCAACACAUUUUAUUUAUGGUUAUAUGGUGUCGGACAUAUAGUUAAGGACCACACAGAUAUUGAGAGAGGAAAUCCGCUGUCGCCACUUCAUGG